AUGCCUCGCCAGACUAGACGUUCUGCACCUGUUCAACAACAAAAACGUCAGGCUCAUACUAUGCCUGUUCGUCAGGCACCACCACCUGCUGCUCCUCAGCACCACGCCCCUCCUCCUCAGCAACAUCACGCACCUGCUGCACCUGCUCCUCAGCAACAACACGCCAUGACCACUGCUCCUACUCCUAGUGCUCCAGUGGCUGCUGCACAACCCCAACAACCAGGUCUCUUUGCUCAAAUGGCUACUACUGCUGCUGGUGUUGCUGUUGGUUCCGCUGUUGGUCAUAGUGUUGCCAACGGUGUCUCCAGCCUCUUUGGUGGCUCUGAUGACAAGCCUGCCGAGCAACCACAACAACAAGCUGCUCCCCAAUACCAACAAGCUCCUCCUCAAUACAUGUAUCAACAACCCCAACAGCAAACCAUUGCUUCUUGUGAUGCUGACUCCAAGGCUCUUAUGAGAUGUUUGGAAUCCAACAACAAUGACGUCUCUGCCUGCCAAUGGUAUCUCGAUGCCCUCAAGUCUUGCCAACAAAUGGCUUCCCAAUAUUAG